CGGCGGGCAUCAUUAGCAGGGUGCUUGAUGAAUAAUAGAGGAAAUGAAAGGUUGCAUUGAAUAAUAGAAGGUAAUUUCCAUCUUGAAAAGUCUCCCAAAAAUCAACCGCAGUUUAAUCAAACGCUAUUGGGUUAUAUUCACAAUGAAACACAAACCGGUGCAUAGCUAAACUGUGUUGCUAUCAUAGUACAGGCGUCUUCAGUAUUUGACCAGUUUUCUGACAUCAGGCUUUUCGCCGGAACGAAAAGAACAUACUUUUGACAACAUUUAAGCUUAAAUCAAGAAUUUACCACUGACGCUACGAAUUCAUAAUCAGUUUCGAUAAUGAACAAUAUCGACCUACACGACAACAGCUCGGGAGAAAAUCAUUCAUACAAUGAAGACAACUCUACUCGAGAAGCUGUCACCAUCAUAAACUGUAUUCUUAACGCUCCACUGAUGCUCAUAUCCAUUCUAGGCAACGCUUUGGUAUUGGCCGCCAUAAUAAGAACGCCUUCCAUUCGCUCUACGCCGCACAUGAUUAUGCUAUGCAGUCUCGCUGUUUCAGAUCUCCUUGUUGGUCUCAUUGCUCAACCGAUUUAUAUCGCUCAACAACUUACGAAAGACCGUUACGUUAAUUACGUUUGGAAGAUUAUAGGACCUUUCUUAUGUGGAGUUUCUCUAUUGACAAUAACAGCCAUCACUGUGGAUCGAUUUCUGGCUCUUCACUAUCACAUGAGAUAUGCUACCUUAGUGACUGAAUCCCGUGUUAAAUAUGUUUUAAUAAUCAUAUGGUUGAUUAGUUUACUUAUACCAUUUUUUUAUUUUUGGAAAAUAAGUGUCCAAAUCUGUCUUAUAAGCGUUUUUAUAGUCAUUUGUCUUAUAAUUUCCACAUUUUCUUACAUCAGAAUUUAUCGCAUUGUUCGUCGACAUCAGUUGCACAUUAACGCUCAACAACAGGCAGUGGAAAGUUCCGACGCUGAAAACAUCUUAAACAUAACGCGAUUGAAAAGAACUGCAAUGAACACUUUUGUCGUGUACAUAGUUUUAAUUAUUUGUUAUUUUCCGCUGUAUAUAGUUUCGUCUGUCAGUAAGGACUGGAAGAUAGGAUGGAAAUUUUCUUCUACCCUAGUGUUCAGCAACUCUUGUAUUAAUCCAUUUUUGUAUUGCUGGCGUCUUCGUGAACUCCGUGCGGCAAUUGUAAAAACAGCAAAGCAGGUAUUUUGUCAACAAACGGAAGUAAACUAGUGUUCAUCUUGUGAACGAAAAUAAAUAUUAACAAAAUACAGAGAGAGAGCAAGUUUGUUUGCUUCGUCGGUUCCCAGUUCGCUUCGCAGCUGAUGUCGUCAGCUCAACUACAAUGAAUAUUUGUAAUUAAACCAGA